AUGCUUCAAGCAAACAACACAUAUCUAACGUUCGGAGAUUACACCUACACGACCCAUAGAAAAAUCGCUAAAAGCACACCGCUUUAUAGAAGGCAAAAACAGUUCUAUUCCGUGGAAAUGCAGGGCAUUAGCAUCGAUAGGACGAGGCUCAAGAUUGACCCGCGAGUGUUGGCAUUCAAAAUCGGUUCUAUCACAUCGGACUGCAUAACCGAUGUGGGCACAACUUACUCAAGGAUCAUUAGACCCGCCUUUGAAAUUUUGAAAAAGGAGUUAGAAAAGUAUUUUUCGAGAUUCAAGGACUUGAAGAAAAUCAAAAGGGACAUCGGACUCGAUUUAUGCUACGAGAGGAGCAAGGCGAAAGGGUUCAAAGAUCUACCUGAUAUUACCUUCCAUUUACAGGGAAAAGCGGACUUCGUUUUGAAGCCUAAGGCUGCGUUCGUGGUCGUAAGUGAAGCUCGAGAAUUCUUUUGCCUGGAAAUGGCUUCGGAUUAUGAGAUGUCCAUUAUUGGAGCUCAUCAACAUACAAAUCAUAGGAUCAUUCAUGAUGUUAUGAACAAGAAACUUGUGUUCUAUCCAGAGGAUUGUUCUAAGAACCCAUGA